GGCGGAGUCGGUCAUCCAGUUCCUAUGGGGACCAGGCUGAGAGGGAAAACGUUUGCUUGCUACAUUUACAAAACUGAAUGCUCAUCCGCUCAGAGUAUGCAUGUCAACUCUGCUCGCUCCAAGCAUCUCUUGUAGCUGAACGUCAAAACGACGCCUCGCUGGUCUGUGUGCUCCGGGGUGAAGGUGUGAAUCUGCUGAUGAACUGUGAGUGCUCCUAGCCCUGCCCCAGCAUGGAGAAGUAUGAGAAAAUAGGGAAGAUUGGAGAAGGAUCCUACGGAGUAGUCUUCAAGUGCAGGAACAAAGACAACGGGCAAAUUGUGGCCAUCAAGAAGUUCGUUGAGUCCGAAGACGACCCCAUCAUCAAGAAGAUUGCGUUGAGAGAAAUUAGGAUGCUAAAGCAACUGAAACACUCCAACCUGGUGAACUUGAUUGAGGUGUUUCGACGUAAACGGAAGCUGCACCUGGUCUUUGAGUAUUGUGACCACACGGUCCUCAAUGAGCUGGACCGCUACCCCAGAGGUGUUCCGGAACACCUGGUGAAGAGUAUUACCUGGCAAACACUCCAAGCCGUCAACUUCUGCCACAAACAGAAUUGCAUUCACAGAGAUGUUAAACCAGAGAACAUUCUUAUCACAAAACACCAGGUCAUCAAGCUCUGCGACUUUGGAUUUGCCAGAAUACUGACCGGACCGUGUGACUACUACACAGACUACGUGGCGACGCGCUGGUACCGGGCCCCGGAGCUGCUGGUGGGGGACACCCAGUACGGCCCCCCCGUUGACGUGUGGGCGGUGGGCUGCGUCUUCGCUGAGCUGCUCUCCGGGGUCCCCCUCUGGCCCGGCAAGUCAGACAUGGACCAGCUGUACCUCAUUAGAAAGACUCUGGGAGAUCUGACCCUUCGACACCAGCAGGUUUUCAGUAAUAACCAGUUCUUCAGUGGAGUUUCCAUUCCAGAACCACAAGAGAUGGAACCUCUGGAGCAGAGAUAUCCUCAUAUCUCAUAUCAAGCACUAAGUCUUAUGAAGGGCUGCCUGCGGAUGGACCCUCUGGAGCGUCUGACAUGCGGGCAGCUGCUGGAGCACCCCUACUUCGACACCCAGCGGGAGGAGAGCGAGAGCGCCGCGCGCGAGCUAGACCGCGCCGCCAGGAGGCGCUCACGCAUGACCCGGAAACACCUGCCCCCCGGGUACUUACCACAGCUGACAAGUAGCAGCAUCUUCCCAGCUCUGGACAACAAGAAAUACUACAACAACUUACGAAAGUUCAACUACCACUUCCCUAACAUCUGAGUAUACUGCAUCCCUGUUGCUACGUCAAUAGUUACCACCAUGAUCAGCUUUUCAGUCAGCUCAGGAUAGCCCUGUGAAACAGUCAGAGCCAUGGUUUUGAUUGGGCGUGCAGGUGUGUCUCCUGGUUAUGAUGUCAUUCUAUGCACUUGUGUAAUACUGAACUGGCAUGUCAGGAUCUUGGAGGAUUUCCUGUCCGACCACAGUGAGACCCUUCAGGAGUGGAGCCUGACUGUUUUACCCUCUGAGCAUAUAUGUUAACUAUUCUUCGAAUACCACCAACUUGACCCUAUAAGUACAGUUACUGGAAGUACUAUUUCUCUGUGGUUUUGCCUAUAUUUAAGGCCCAUUUAGUUGUAUUUUGUGUGACUAUUUAGAGUGACAACGAGCAGAAAAUCUGCUCUGCUUUGUAGGUGUUU